CACCACGAGUUUGGGACUGGAGGUUUCAGGGUCCAGGGACAGGCUGUCUGUGGAGAGAGGAAAGUUUCAGAUGUGGGGGCUUCUGCCAUCUUUCCCCUGCAUAGAUGAGGGAUCCAGGGUUUGUCACCUACAUGAAGAAGGUUUCCCCUCCACUUGCAGCAAUCUGCUACUGUCCCCACUUAAACUGUUUUUUGUUAUUCCCCAAACAGUGAGGGAGGCAGGAAUAAAGGGAUGCUUGAGGAAGUAUGAACACAGCCUGAGAGAGUUCCCAGUGUGCACUAAACUCUGAGGCUCAGGCUCUGGGUGGGAGAGACAGAGACAGAGAGACAGAGACCACUUCCAGCGACAGAAAACUUGUAAUUCACACCUACAGCCAGUACUCCAGAUGUGGGCUUUUCUGUGGGUUGCAUGUAAUUGGCAUGUGUCCUCAAGGUUUGCAUGUUAGGAGCCUGGUCCUCAGUGUGACCAGUGGGAGGCGGGGGAACUUUUAGGAGGUGGAGCCUCAUCCAAGGUAAUGACCUCAUGGGAACAUCCUUUAGUUUUAGUUCUCUGGGGAUGCUGGCUAGUUCCCAUGUGACCCUGAUCCCCAAAUCCCUUGCUUAUUUUGUCUUGCUAUCUACCAUAAUUUGACACAGCCAAGGAGCCCUCGCCACAUGGACCACGUGAUCUGGGACAUUUAGACCCCCAAAUGUGAGCUAAAUAACAUUCCUUUACACAUGGCGGAGCCUCAGGUAUUUUGUUUCAGUAGUAGAAAAAUGACAAGCCCAAGCUUCAAGCUCCUGUCUAUCCAUUUCCCAGGAGGCCCUCUAGACUGUCCAAAAUCAUCUUGUGAAGAAUAAUUGAGCAAGGAAUCUCUCAGGGUAAAGGGUUUCCUCUGGGUGGGUUGAGGUUGGGAAAUUCCAGAGCCAAAAUCCCCACUAGUCAUUCCAUUCCUGCGGUGUUGGAUCACACAAAGACAAAGCCUCAGACGAGAGCUUGGCAUUCAAGUCUCCAGUGUGAGGGUCAGGUCCACUCACCAUGGAAGGGCUCAACCUCAGCACUGGCUCUUGGGUCCACUUCUUCUUCCUCCUCACUUUUAUCCUCUUUGUGCCUUCUCCCGAAAGCACAGGCGAUUGCUGCCGUGACAAGCCCCAGCGCCGCAAGGAUCAGAGGUAGAACUGGUACCCUCUCGGCGGACAGAGGCAUUCUGAACAGGGAGGCUAAGAGAAUUUCAGGGCAUCAAGAAUAACAGGAGGGGACUGUCUUCGUAACACACCCCCUACCCAUUAUUCCAGACUCAAGGGACACAGUGUUCAUAGACCUUUCUCAAAAGGGUUCAGAAAAAAAAAAAUGAGAUGAUGAGAUAUCUUCUGAUACACAGUGCUAUAGCCUGCAGGUUUGUGUCCCCCAAAACAUUGAAAUUCCAACCUCUUAGAUGCUGGUGCAGGCAGGCUGUGGGAGGUGAGGAAGUCAUGAGGGUGAAGCCUCAUUAUCAGGAUUAACGCCCUUAUGAAAAGUACCUCAGAGAGGUCCUGGUCCUUCCUCCACACAAGGACACUGCAAAAUCUAUGAACUAUGGAGCAUCCCUCACCAGACACAGAUCCUGCCCACCCUGACCGUGGGCUUCUGCUGUCUGUUUUCUUUUUUAAUUGUUGCUGCUUUUUAAGCUAGGCCAUCCUAUUCAGCAACUGCAACUCUGCCCCUACCAUCAGCAGCUAGGCCGCAAGAGCCGAAGCCUGAGGGAAUGCUGUUUCCUCAGGUAUUGACUCUUUCAAAGCUACUAAGAAAACUUAUUUAAAUCUAUUAAAGAACUCAAGAUUCAAAGGUUGAGGUAGAAUCCUGCUUCCCAGAGAGGCCGAACAGCAAACAGCUUGCCUAGCUUACCUCCUCAAGUCUCCCAAGAAGUCCAUAUACACGUUCUCACCCUUCCUUAUAAACCCUUCUCCACUUGGCUCCUCCCUACAGCUUCCUGUAGGCUAGUUGCUGACCCAGCCUCCUGACCACAGGUGAAUUUUACUUAAUCAAACACAUCUUCGCAUCAUUAGAUAAAUGUUCCAGAGCAUAAACAAAAGUAACACACCUUAAAAUAAAUAUUCUACAACAGUUGUCUUUCUGGAACUGCUAACAACACACAUCUGUCCAUGGCCCACCAGCAUAGGACACAGUAUGGUAUGAGUUGAGGCAGAGUGGACUGAGGGAUUUGAAUAUUCAUGGUCAUAUGGGUGAGAUGCAGAUAUUAGAAAUGCUAUUUGUAGCCAUUAAGAUGUAACAAAAUACUCAAAAUGUGAAUCUGGACAAGUGAUGGAGAGACUUAUUAUAUUUGCAAACUAUGCUCUCAUUUUGCAAAAUUAAGCUGGAAAUUUAACAUUGUUUAGAAAUAAGACUUUUGCCCAGCAUUGUAGCAUAUGCCUUUAAUUCUAGCACUUAGGAGGCAGAGGCAGGCAGAUCUCUGUGAGUUCAAGAACGGCUUGUUCCAUAUUGUGAGUUCCAGAUCAGCCAGGAUUACAUUGUGAUAUCCUUUUUCAAAAUCAAAAAAACAAGUUUUUAAAGAAAUAAAGCUUUAAAUGAAAAGCUAAACAUAUCCUGUAGUAGAUAAAUAGAUAAAUUAACUGUGGUCUAUCCAGACAGUGGAAUAGUUAUUCAACCCUUAAAAUAAAUGAUCUAUUAAGUGUGGUGGUUUGAAUGAGGAUGACUCCAAUAGGAUCCUAAGUUUGAAUGCUUGGUCCACAGUUAGUGGAACUGUUUGGGAAGGAUUAGCAGAUGUAGCUUUUGCUGGGGAUGGGCUGGGGUUUUCAAAAGCCCACACUAAUGUCUUUCUCUCAGCCUGCAACUGGAGGAUCAGAUGUGAACUCUCAGCUACUUCUGCAGCACCUGUGCCUGCCUGCCUGCUGCCAUCAUGGUCCCUGCAGUGAUAAUAAAGGACUCACCCUUUGAAAAGGCUGUAGGCAGGGGCUUCUCUGGCUCUGUCCCCACAGUUUUCUCCAAACAUCCCUGGCACCCAGGGCCUGGACUCCCAUGCUAGUGGCUUUGAUGACAGAACUGAACAGGUACUCACCAGGCAGAGGAACUUGCAGCAGGACAGUGUGAAGAAUUCUAUGAGUCAACUCCCCAGUCAAACUCUUGACAUUGGAAAGCAGAAGAGAAGCUACAAGAAGUCAGUCACAUUUAUAAAUCACUGGAGAUGGUCCCAGCAGUGUAGAGCAAGAAAACACAAGGAACCAGUAAAGGGGUUGGUGACAUUUGAGGAUGUCUGUGUGGACUUCACCUGGGAGGAGUGGCAGGACCUGGAUGAUGCUCAGAGGAAGCUCUAUAGGGACGUGAUGCUGGAGACCUACAGGAGCUUGGAGUCCUUGGGUCACUGCAUUACCAAACCAGAGGUGAUCUUUAAGUUGGAGCAAGGAACUGGGCCAUGGAGAGUAGAAGAUGUUCCAGAGCAGCCUGGGCCAGAUGUCCAGAAAGUAAAUGGAGUGGAUGAAACCAGCCAGGACAAUCAAGAGAGACAUUUGUGGCACCUUGCAAUUACCAACAGCAACACAUCGACUGAGAAGAAUGUGAAAUUAGGAAAAAUAUUUAAUGUGAGCUCAAACCAUGUUUCAAAUCUGACUGUAAAGAAUGGAAGUUCUUCAGGAAUGAGGUCUGCAGCACUUAAUGUAUGGCAGAAUAUGUGUCCCCCUAGUGAGCCUGAUAACAUGCAGACUGGAAAGGAACUUGAUGGCUCUCUAACUAGCAAGCCCCUUAUACAUGCACAGCACCACGGGUUGUAUAGCAGAGCUCCAAGUACCCAACAACAUUUUCAAUGUUGUAGGCAAGAAGCAGCCUGCAAUACAAAGGCCUUAUGGACAAAUAAGAGGUUUCACAUUGCACAUAGUCCCAGUAAAUUUGCUGAGUCUGAGAAAGCAUCUGGUGAGGUAGCUCCUAAUGCCCAAGAGAGGACUUGGGAAAGGGAAGAAACUUUUGAAUGUAAUAUUUGCAAAAAAACAUUCUGUUCAAAGUUUAAGCUCACUAAACAUAAGAAAAUACAUAAAGUGCAGAAGUAUUAUAAGUGUAGUGAUUGUGAGAAAACCUUCAUUAAGAAGUCAUACCACAAAAAACAGGUAAUACAUGCAGGACUCAGAUCCUACAGAUGUAGACAAUGUGAGAAAUUUUUUCAUCAGAAAAAACAGCAAAAUGUAUGUCAGAGAGUUCCCAGAGGGACAAAAUUGUAUGAAGUUUAUCAAUCUGAAAAAAGCUUUAAUGAGAAGCCAAAUCUCAGGAGGUAUCAGAGAACCCGUACAGGUUAUAAACCCUAUGGAUGUCAUAUGUGUGGGAAAUCAUUUUACCGGAAGUCACACCUCAACAGGCACCAGAGAAUUCACACAGGUGAGAAACCCUAUGGAUGUAAAGAAUGUAAGAAAACUUUCUACCAUAAGUCAUCCCUCACUAUCCAUCAGAGAACUCACACAGGUGAGAAGCCCUAUGAAUGUAAAAAAUGUAGGAAAACUUUCUACUGUAAGUCAGACCUCAAUGUACAUCACAGAACUCACACAGGUGAGAAACCGUAUGAGUGUGACGAAUGUAGAAAAACUUUCUACUCUAAGUCACACCUCAUUAUACAUCAGAAAAUUCACACAGGUGACAAACCAUAUGAAUGUGAAGCAUGCCAGAAAACAUUCAAUCGGAAGUCAAACCUCACUGUACAUCAGAAAACACACACGGGUGAGAAACCGUAUGAAUGUAACAUAUGUGGAAAGACUUUUCACCGUAAGUCACACCUCAGCAUGCAUCAGAAAACUCACACUGGUGAGAAACCCUAUGAAUGUAAAGAAUGUGGGAAAGCUUUCUAUCAGAAGUCGAGUCUCAGCAGGCAUGAGAGGAAUCACACAGGAAACAGACCAUAUGCAUGUGAAGAAUGCAGGAAAACAUUCCUGCAUAAGUCAUCUCUCACUGUCCAUCAAAGAAGCCACACAGGUUAUAAACCAUACUCAUGCGAAGAAUGUAGGAAAACAUUCUACAGUAAGUCACACCUCACUGUACACCAGAGAACACACACAGGUGAGAAGCCCUACGAAUGUCCGGUAUGUGCAAAGGCUUUUCACCAGAAAUCCUACCUGAACAGGCAUCAGGUAACUCAUGAAAGUGAGAAACGAUUUGAGUGUGAGGAAUGUAGGAAAACAUUCUAUCAUAAGUCAUCCCUCACUGUGCAUCAGAAAAUUCACCUGAGGGCAGGCCUGUGAGUAGAGCGUGGGAAGCGCUCCUUGCAGAAGCUAUCAGCAGGUGUCAGACAAGUCACACAUAGGUGAUACUCUUAAAAAUGUCAUGAAUGAGGACACUGUUUUCCUGAGAAGGCCACUUAGCAGGCAUUGCAUUUAUACAGAAAAUUCUGUGUAGCACAAGUAGGCUGUCUUCUUUGGAACAGUCUCCAUUAGGUAGUCCAUCUUACCGUGUAGCAGCCCUACAGAAAAUGUGCAUAUAUUUGAUAAUCAUUGUUUCCACCAGGCCCCCAGAAACUUUUUUUUUCUCCCUGAGUUUUCAUGAGCUCUGGGCCUGAAGUGAACGUGACCUGCAAAAUGGCCUUGACACCCAUUGUCAGAAAGUCACCAAUUUAAGAGAAAUAUAACUGAUUGAAGAGAGCAGGGAUGCUCACAUUUUUAUCCCCAAAUACUGUUUUUAGUUUACUUGAGGAAUACUUUCUCAAACCAUUGUGCAUGAUGUUUUGAUAAAAAUGCAAACCCCCCAUAAGUGAUUCACCUAAUGAAAUGUUUGAGAAAACUUACAUGCUCUCUCAUAUUUCAAAAUUUGUACUGCAUAGUAAAUUGAGAAUACUUUUUAUCAGAGAAGUUUCCUUGAACAAUUUGAAUAAAUUAAAUAUUGCUAAUGUGUGAAAUUUUGAGCAAAAUUUAAAUAUCAGAAGUUUGUAAUUGAAGAAAAACUACCAGUCUUUGUAAUUCUAAUACUUUCAAAUGAAGGCAUACAUGUGCCAAUAAAUAAUAUGAGUGAUAUUAUUGUCUGUCAGAGUACAUUGUGUGUGGGAACAAUUGUGGUUGUUAUAACUGGAGGUUGGGAGUUGGUACUGGCACAAAGUAGAUAGGGGCCAGACAUGCUUUUUAAACAGCCUGAAUUGCAUAAAGCAUUCCCUUAUUAACAUAUAUAUUGGUGUUUUAUAUUAAUGAAAAUUCCUUUGGUGGAACCUGGGUUAAUGAUAGAAAAUGUGCUUGCUUUGUAUUUGUUUUUCUUUGUUAAAUAGUGGCUGAGGUACAAGUGUACCCCAGUGGUAAAGUGUGUGUAACAUUUGUGAGAUUCUGGUUUUAGCCCCACAUACAUGCAUAAAUUAAAAAUUUCAAAUCAAA